CCUUCUGCCGUUACAUAACAGAGCAGCAGCUGUUUUCUUUUUACUGUAGAGACGGGUUUGGUCAUUCAUUCACCUCGGCGAGUUAGCUCGAUGCUAACGUGUUAGCCGCAGCUUUGGGAAGUAGCCAAACAUCGUUUCAUCACAGAGAAGAAUCAAUCCUACAGUCAUGGCCUCCAAUGCUCCAAGCAACUUCUCCUGGGUCGAGCCAGGCAAAGUGGCCGGACUGGCGUUGCCCAGGAUGACGGCUGAAUACCAGUAUCUGCUGGACAAUGGCAUCAAACACCUGGUUUGCCUGUGCGAGAGAAAACCGCCUCAGUACGACUCGUGCCCUCAGCUGCAGCUGCACCACAUCAACAUCAAAGACUUCACUCCUCCUUCGCCGAGUCAGAUCGACAGAUUCCUCGCUCUCGUGGAAGAGGCCAACUCCAAGGGGGAGGGUGUUGCAGUUCACUGUAUGCACGGCCACGGUAGAACCGGGACGAUGCUGGCCUGCUACCUGGUGAAGACGAGGAAGAUUUCAGGCAUCGACGCCAUCGAGGAGAUCCGGCGGCUGCGGACCGGCUCCAUCGAAACACACGAGCAAGAGAAAGCAGUGGUGCAGUUUUAUCAGCGCACCAAGUAACUGACACAGAGGAUUUAAUAACUGUUUUACAGAUGUAUCACUGAUUAUCACAGACAAAAUUAUUUCCCUAAAUUAAUACUUUAUUCUCUAGAAGUAUGAAAAUACAAAAUAAUAAUGUUGAGACAGGCGAUAAAUCAAGAAACAAAGUCCUGAACAAUAAUGAACUUCAAUGUUAAUUACUCACAUGAUCCCGUUGGGAUAAUUAACUAAGAGAAACACUUCUACAGUUAAUAAACAAAGAACAUGCCUUUCUAUAUUGUACUGUAUACUCUUCCUUCGACCAGCACAUAUUUACUUCUCUUUUAUAAACAUUGACAUUUUCUUUUACAUGACUGUAACUUCUUUCAUGCACUGGACGCCAGAGAAAAGAGACGCUGCCGCUCCCUGAACGUGAGCGUCUCAGGAGCCGCCAGGCUUUUCUCCUCCUGGUUUCUGCAAGUAAACAAUCGUAUGAAAACUUGAAUUUUAUUUCUUCUUUCGCUUGAAAGAAAUUCACGAAGCACACUGGAAUAAGCUUGACGAAUAGAGACUAAUGUAAUAAUCUUGAUGUGCUUAUUGAUUUCUAUGUCUUAAAGUCAUCAUUUGUAAAAAUGCUGCAUAAAUAUCUUCAUGUCGGUUGAUUUCAUUUCAAUGUUUUGCCUCAAUUGUUAAAAAAAGUAAGUCAACUCACUCUUUUGUUGCCACGUUGUGAACAUGUUCAGUCUGUCCAGUUGGUCUGUGACCUGCCAAACACAAGAAAUGUUGCAACAUGAAAUAAACACAAUAAAUAUUACAUUAAAACUGA